GGCCCUCCCGCCCCGCGUCCAUCCCAGCCCGAGAGUGAUGAUCCGCUGGCGGAGCAGCCGCAGCAGCCCCGCGCGUCACCGCGCGGCCGCCUCCCCCGCCCCCUGCAGAGAGAGAGAGAGGCGCACACCCCUCGCUCGCACCCGCUUGCCUGCCCGGUCUCCAGAAUGUGGGGGGAUUGGAGACGGUGGAAGAGGGCGGGAGUGGACAGACCCACGGAUGGACGAGCGGACUGGGGCAGGGUGGAGAAAUCGCCCCCCAGAUCUCCCACCCUCGGGUCUCUCGCUGCGCCAGGUUUCCGGAUGCCUACGGGAAAGAGGUGAAGUAGCGCGCUGGAGCUCCCCGACUUCCUGGUCUAUGAGCGCACAAAGUCUGGGGUCCCUGAGGGAAGUAGGGGAGAGGCGGAGCGCGGAUCUUUGGAGCAGCAAGGGCUGCAAGCCUGAGCUUUUUGACAAGGCCAACAAACACCACUUCUUACACAGCCUGGCCCUGUUGGGGGUGCCCCAUUGCAGAAAGCCCCUCUGGGCCGGGUUACUGCUAGCCACUGGAACCACCUUAUUCUGCACCAGCUUUUACUACCAGGCUCUGAGUGGAGACCCCAGCGUCCAGACUUUGGCCCCUGUGGGAGGAAGCCUUCUACUCUUGGGCUGGCUAGCCUUGGCUUUUUGAGCUUCCUUGUGUUUAAUUUCUGGGUACUUUUUAAAGAGGUGGAGCAGGGAGGAGAUUAAAAGCGAAAGGCAAAUAA